AUGCACCGAAACUACGACCUCAAUAUCUACAAUGUUGGUACCGCGGGGACAGACGACUACCAGGAGGAGCCCCUUUCGCCCCGUCCCGAGACUGGUGGGGCCUUCAGUACUGUCCCACCCAACCAACAACCAGUCGGCCUCGGAGUAUCCACUGAGUAUGGCACUCGUCGGUCU